AGGAACAUGGAACCCAGAAAUCACACAGGUGUUUCAGAAUUCCUUCUCCUGGGACUGACAGAGGACCCAGCCCUGCAGCCCCUCAUCUUCAGCCUCCUGUUCCUGUCCAUGUACCUGGUCACCAUCCUGGGGAACCUGCUCAUCAUCCUGGCUGUCAGCUCUGACCCCCACCUCCACACCCCAAUGUACUUCUUCCUCUCCAACCUGUCCCUCACUGACAUCUGUGUAAGCACAACCACCAUCCCCAAGACGCUGGUGAACAUCCAAACACACACCCAGAACAUCACCUACACUGGCUGCCUCUCCCAGGUCUGCUUUGUUUUGAUUUUUGGUGGUUUAGAAAGUUGCCUCCUUGCAGUGAUGGCCUUUGACCGCUAUGUCGCCAUUUGUCACCCACUGAGAUACCCAACCAUCAUGAACCCCUGCCUCUGUGUCCUGCUGGUUCUAUUGUGCCUGCUGGUCACCACUAUGAACGCCCUUCUGCACACUCUGACGGUGCUGCGACUGUCCUUCUGCACAGACCUGGGGAUCCCCCACUUCUUCUGUGAACUCGUUCAGCUCAUCAAGCUGGCCUGUUCUGACACCCUCAUCAACAACCUCUUGAUUUAUUCAGUGACUAGCCUAUUUGCUGGCAUCCCUCUCUCCGGGAUUAUUUUCUCUUAUACUCAAAUUGUGUCCUCUGUUUUGAAGAUGCCAUCCAUGGAUGGAAGGUAUAAAGCCUUUUCCACCUGUGGGUCUCACCUGUUGGUUGUGUCCUUAUUCUAUGGCACAGCUUUUGGAGUGUACAUGAGUUCUGCAGUGACCGACUCUUCCAUUAAGAACGUGGUGGCUUCAAUGAUGUACAUGGUGGUCCCUCAAAUGCUGAACCCUUUCAUCUACAGCUUGAGGAACAGGGAAAUGAAGGGAGCCCUGAGACAUCUCAUCAGUGGGAAGCCUCCUCUAUGA